AUGGCUCCCUCAGACUUGGACCAGCUCAUUGAAAUGGGCUUUGAUAAGGAACGGGCCGAGUUGGCUGUUACCAAGAGCGGUGGCCUCCAGGGUGCUUUGGAAUGGCUCGAAGCGAAUCAAGACAAAUCAUUAGAGGAGAUAAAGGCUGAGUCCAAGAAUGAUGAUGAGGAAGAGGGCCCCCAGCUCCAACCGGGCGAGGAAGCUAGGAGCCUGGUCUGCAAUGAAUGUGGAAAGAAAUUUCGAAGCCAUGCACAAGCGGAAUUCCAUGCCUCCAAGUCUCAACAUGUUGAUUUCUCGGAAUCUACGGAGGAACUCAAGCCUCUCACGGAGGAAGAAAAGAAGGCAAAACUCGAAGACCUCAGACAGAAGCUGGCAGCGAAGCGAUCGGUGCAGUCUGUGCAGGAUAAGAUUGACCAGAAGAGAAAUGAAGAAAUCCGGCGAAAGAGCACGAAAGAAUCCCAAGACGCGAAAGAGGAGCUCCAGAGGAAGCAAAUGAUGAAGGAAGCAGAGAAGAAGAAACAGGAAAAGCUGGCAGACAUCGAAGCGAAACGACGUGUCAAGGCGAAGAUUGAAGCUGAUAAAGAAGAGCGGCGACGGAAGGCUGAGCGGGAGCGCGCAGAACGAGCGGGUGUAGCGCCUUCAGCUGAACCAGCUUCUGCUCCAUCUGCCACAAGCUCGGGCCCUUCCACAUCGAAGCCCGCAUCUGCCUACACCGAAACUCGUCUGAGAUUUCAAACCCCUAAGGGAAACAUUCUGAAGACGCUUCCUGUCACGACCACGCUGUUCGAGGUUGCUGCGGCUCUCAAACAGGAAGAUGGCAUUGACGUUCAGAGCUUCUUGCAGACCUUCCCAAGAAAGGUAUUUGAUUCUGAAUACUACGGGGAGUCACUAAAGGACCUUGGCCUUACACCCAGUGCAAGCCUCGUAGUCCAGUGA